UUGUAUCGUUCAUAAUAUAUUUUUUUUAUUAUGUGUAGAAAGAUUUUAAAAACUUAACUAACGUGCAGCAAUUUCCAGUGAACCUGUACUUGGACAUCAGGUAGUGAGUCUAUUCGUGGUCACUAGCACUGUCUCCUAAACUUGUAAGAGGUCUGAAGCUAUUCUUUGAUUUUUGCUAGUGCUGUUAACUUAUGUAGACCUGUUAAAAAGCAGAGCAACACAAUUAUAGUUAUCCUACUGAGCCAUGGAUUCUGAGUUUUGUUUUAAAAGUGAAAGCCAAGUUGGUGUAUGUAAAGGAUUUCCAUGUAGCUGUGGUGCUAGUUAUUACUGGCUACAUUAUAUGCUAAGUGUAUUUGUGUUCCCCAAGUGUACAAGCCUUCUAUCAAAAGUAUGUUCUAUAACUCAUAUAUUCAAGGUGUAGGGUAUGAAAAUGCAAAGUUUAGGAGAGCACUUUACCAAGCUGGUGUCCUCCAAACUGAAAUUGUUUGUAACGAUAGUCUUUUACAGGUUUUCAUUUAAAGAUGUUUGUGUGCUUUUAAUUGACAACUAACUUCUUGCUGCUGUAUAGUAAAAUAUUAAUAUAUUUUUAUCAUUAAACUGCUGCAUGACUAUCAUCUUUUGAGUGAAGAGAAAAUGUUAUAAAAAAGAUGCCUUAAACAGUACAUUUUGGUUUGGAAUUCUGUAGAAAGUAUUUUGGUAAAAAAAAAAAAAAAAAAAAAGUCUUGUCUGACAGAGAGUUCUGGGGAUGGAAUUGUUUCUUGGCAAAUCCAGCCAUAUAGAUCUAACUGCUGUAUGUAUAAGACACCACCUGUAGGAGCGGGAAGGUAUCAGUGCUUCUCAUAUUGUAAAGCAUUGGCCUAGGAAGGCAAACAGUUGUCUUUUUGAAGGAUUUUUUUUCUGCUGGUUCUUUGGGUUUUGAUUUGAUAUUUUUAUGCUCCCUGGUUGAGUGUGUUGUCUUCGUUACUGAGAUCUACUGUAUGUGUUGAAUAACAAGCUAUUUUCAUUGUACUGUGCAUUUUCCCAUUAAAUUGUUUGCUUUUAAUAUUCAUACAAUGUUAAAUAUGAGGUGACCUUACAGUAGUUAGGAGUUUCUUUACUUACAAAAUCACUGGAAAUGAUUAAAUUGCUUUUCCCCCUCCCUAGAGGUGCAUUUUUCUUAUUUCCAUAUAGUAAAGUUGAGCUUUUACAGUGCAUAAUGUGACAUUUGGAAUGCUUAUCAACUGCAUGUAAACAUUAAUAACCUGCACUUUUUUGUCUUAAGGUUUGUUGAGCUGUUUUGUUCACUGUACUUUAACUGUGAUAUGGAAAAGACUGCAUUCUCUGUGCUGUUACUAAUUAGGAAAGAGAAUUGCUUUGAUUUUGUCUCUUGUUUACUAUAGCUUCUUAAAGUUAAGCCUUGUACUACAGGUUGUUGGAGUACUCCUAGAUCACUGUUUCAUAGUAGCCAGCAAUAAGUAGUGCAAGUCAACAAAAACACAGCAAACUUAGGCAAAGUGUCCUUUCUUUGAGAUGCGAGUUCUUUCAUGAGGUUUUCUUUAGGGCCAGAGUUACCUAAAGUGAAGCCUUUCUUACCUAUAGACUUCAGAUUCUGCUUGGAAUCCCACCGGCUCAAGAAGCACAUGUAUUGUGCAGUUGUCUUUACACUAAAACAGUUGAAUACAAUCUUACUGCGAUUUUGAAACCAGUGUCUGAUUUAUGGUCAGUGGGUUUAAAAAGAAAUCCACAUGCAGAUCUUUUAAGACUUAAAAAGUGAUCGUAGAAAAGACUAAGUGACUGUAAAGAUGCUCUUUUUUUAAGCAUCUCACUUUACCUCCCCAAGCACCCUCCUAAACCUUGUCUUCCCUCUCCUGUUUCAUCCUUUCCCUACCCUACCCUCCCAGGUGCUCGGUACUUUACCAAGGUUCUAUAUAUCAGUGUUUUAUGUUAGAAUUUUUCCUUGUUUUUAUUUUACUAGUUGGUAAACCCUGUUUGUGCUGAAACAAAUAAGGAAGGUGGUAUAUUUGACCAUAUGUGUUAUUCAUAGAAGACAGUAUGAUCAAAUGUGCCAAAAACAAGCAAACAAAACUUAAUUCCUGAGAAGUAUGCCUUAUUUUUAUUGAUCUGCUUUGUCUUACAGUUAAGGUCCAAGAGCUUGGUUAAACUGUAUUAUUUGCCUAAGUAUAAAAGAAAACUUGAACUGCAUUGCAAUAUUGAUGUUCUUUAAAAUGAGAGACACUGUCAAGUAAUUUAAUCCAGAGAUCAGCCACCAGAUUUGAAAUGCUCAUGUAUGUGUGUGUGUUUGAAGUUGUUUUUUUCUUUUAAAUCACCAAUUUUUUUAAGCUACUUUUUAUUUGUGCCUCCUAUUUAUCAUGCUGAUGUUCGAAGCAGCAGUCAUCCAGCCACAGAGGGAGCUAAAGUUAACUAACCAGAACUGUAGAAAUCAUUAUACAUGCCUUUGACAACAAAGGAAGUUCAUAAGAAAAGCCAUGUCGGCUUUUCCUCUACUAGAUACAGAUUGGAGGUAGAUGAAUAUUUGCCAAAUGGAAAAAAAGACAAUGCUAGUCAGGAAAGACAAACUGUUUUCCAGCUUCUCAAAAAGCCAUGGAGAGUAGAAACCAAAACCAACAGGGAAAUAAAAAACCUUGAAAGUCUCACUUUCUAGUUGUCCCAUGCAGGGGUUGAAAUUUGAUUCAAAGCGGAAAGUAUAUUAUGUUUUUUUAGGCCUUCACAUCUAGAGAUGGAUAACUUCCAAUAUGAUUUUUCAGGUAAUAGAGAAAGCUGCUAGUAAUUUUAACCCCUGCCUAAAGGAGACAGAUAAUUUCAUUUGGGAGCAAAUACUUAUUGCCUUGAAAAGUAGCACUGUAAUAGCCUAUGAUAAUUAGUUGUAGAAUAACCUUUAUCCCUUUCAAACUAUGCAAAUUAUUAAAUAAGUGUAAAUUAGGAUUCAAUUAAAGAUAGUUGGUUAUAUUGCAAUCAGAUGGCAUUCACAAACUUAACUGGAGCAUAUACAAAUAAAAUCUAUAAGUCUAAGUUUUGUAUGCUAACAGAAAGAUAUAAUUUAGCUACCUAUUCUAAAAAUGGUGAAUAUUAUUAAUAUUGUAUAAUAGAACUGGGAAGACUGCCUCCUUUUUUGAAGAGAGAUUAAGGAUUUUUAUAAUUGUUUUUCAUCAAAUUUUAAUAUUUUUGUCAAAUUUUUAGGUAUUUAAUUUGUAAAACAGUUUGCUUUGUACUGGCAUACAGAAAAUAGGGUAUUGAUUUUAAACUUUUUGAAGCCAAGUGAUCAAGUACAUUUGUAAUAAAAGUCAAUGGAUCUAUA